AUGGCUUCCGCCCUCCUGUCAAACAGCUUCGUCGUGAGCGCCCGGCGCACCGUCAGUUCCCCCAAGAGCAAGGGAAAGCAGGUGACCCGCGCCAGCAUCGAGUGGUACGGUCCUGACAGGCCGAAGUUCCUGGGACCCUACUCCGACGGUGCCACCCCGUCGUACCUGAAGGGCGAAUACCCCGGUGACUACGGCUGGGACACGGCCGGUCUGUCUGCCGACCCGGAGACGUUCUCGCGCUACCGUGAGAUUGAGGUCAUCCACUCGCGCUGGGCGCUGCUGGGCACCCUCGGCAUCGUCACCCCUGAGCUCCUGGAGAAGUACGGGGGCGUGAAGUUCCAGGAGGCGGUUUGGUUCAAGGCGGGCGCGCAGAUCUUCAGUGCUGACGGUCUCAACUACCUUGGCAACCCCUCCCUCGUCCACGCCCAGUCCAUCAUCGCCACCGUCGCCACCCAGGUGAUCUUGCUGGGUCUUGCGGAGGGCUACCGCGUGAACGGCGGCCCGGCCGGUGAGAUCACCGACCCGCUGUACCCGGGGGGCGCGUUUGACCCCCUGGGCCUCGCCGACGACCCCGACACCUUCGCCGAGCUCAAGGUGAAAGAGAUCAAGAACGGUCGCCUGGCGCAAUUUGCCGCCCUCGGCUUCUUCGUCCAGGCCAUCGUCACCGGAAAGGGCCCCAUCCAGAACCUGGAGGACCAUUUGGCCGACCCCUUUGCGGUCAACGGCUUCACUAUUGGGGCCCAGAAGUUUGUGCCAGGCAACUGA